GCAAGUGUGCGUCUCCCGCGCACACGCUCCACUCCCACGUGCGCGCAUUAAACCGCACUGGGGGAGCCACAGGAUGGUCGUGAUCGGAGCCGGGAACGGGACCAUGAUCGACGAGCGGUUCGGUAAAGUAGCCCCGGACCCCACGGUCCCGGUGGGGCAGCUCACGUCGCGCCUGUUGGAUCUUGUCGCCUCGGGUGAUGCGGUGGAGUCCAACGGGACCGGCUGCGGGGAGUCCAUGCUGAGCCACGGCCAUGCAGAGAAGGUUCUGAUCGGCUCGGCUCUGACGCUGCUCACGCUGUGCACCGUCGGUGGAAACCUGCUGGUGGUGAUCUCGGUGUGCGCCGUCAAGAAGCUCCGGCAGCCGUCCAACUACUUGAUCGUCUCCCUGGCCGCCGCGGACCUCUCCGUCGCCGUGGCAGUCAUGCCCUUCGUCAGCGUCACAGACCUGAGCGGCGGACGCUGGAGGUUCGGACGCUGGUUCUGUAACAUCUUCAUCGCCAUGGACGUCAUGUGCUGCACCGCCUCCAUCUUGACCCUGUGCGCCAUCAGCAUCGACAGGUAUUUGGGAAUCACCAAGCCACUGACGUAUCCGGUUCGCCAAAAUGGCCGCUGCAUGGCCAAGACGGUGGCGUGGGUGUGGCUGCUGUCAGCCUCGAUCACCCUUCCACCCCUCUUCGGCUGGGCCCAGAACGUCAACGACGGGCGCGUGUGCCUCAUCAGUCAAGACGUAGGCUACACCGUCUACUCCACCGCCAUGGCCUUCUACAUUCCUGUGUCCGUCAUGCUCUUCACGUACUCGCGCAUCUACCGUGCGGCCAAGCUGAGCGCCGCCAAACACACUAUUGCCGCCUUCCCCCGGGAGGAGGAGUCCACGGAAACGGGAAGCGCAAGGGAGACUGAAGAAGAGGAAGUGGACUGCGUGUCAGUGGCGUUGAAACUGCAGCAGGAGGUGGAGGACGAGUGCGGCCAGCGCGUUUCCCGCUUCCUCAAGAGCAGCGAGCAGCGGUGGCGGCGCCGCGGCAGGAAGAACCAGUCCAUCUUCAAACGGGAGCAGAAGGCGGCGGCCACACUGGGCAUCGUGGUGGGCGCCUUCAUCGUGUGUUGGCUGCCGUUCUUCCUGUUGUCCACCGCCAGGCCUUUCGCGUGUGGCGUGGCGUGCAGCUGCAUGCCGCUGUGGCUGGAGAGGACGCUCCUGUGGUUGGGAUACACCAACUCGCUCAUCAACCCCUUCAUCUACGCCUUCUUCAACCGAGACCUGCGCGCCACCUACAGGAACCUGCUGCGCUGCCGCUACCGCAACAUCAACCGCAAGCUGUCUGCCGUCGGCGUGCACGAGGCUCUCAAGCUGGUGUACGAGCCCCGCCCCGCCGUCCGACCACCGCCGCCAUGAUGACUAACAUGAACACCUGAUGAACAAGUCACAUGACAACAAGCUUUUUGUUUUACAUCCAGACAUGUAGCCUCCAUGUGAGGGCGGGCUGAUGACAUCAUCAACUGACAGCAGUCAAUGACACAGCUGUACAUGACGGCAUCAACUUCCUGUUUGAUGAUGAUGAGUCCUGUAGAGGCGGGCCACUGCAUCACAUGUUGAUGUCACGUGAUGCGGGAAGCCGUGCAAUGGUGUCAAUCAGGAAGUAAAGCGAGUGUCAUCCAAACAUUUUAAUCAUCAAAUAACGUUGGAAUGGCGGACGACAAACAGGAAAUUUAAAGUGCACAAGUUUUCCUUCUUGACAUCAAACUGCAACACAACUGUGUAAAAAUUGCACGUUUUAAACAUUGAAAUAAAGUCAGUGCUAGUCAGCUAUGGAUAAAACAGUAUAACCCAUCGAUUAGCUUAGCCGAACACGUAGGUGCUACGCUAGGCUACCCAAAGGUCAAAGAACAACUUAUUCGAAAUACUUGAAUGAAACGCAACACGCGUGCACCUGACGUCAGGAGGCCAUUAUUUGGCCUUCGUGGAGCGAAGGCGCCUCCGCAUGGUGGCACGGUCUCCUUCCUUCUCCUCCGUCCCGCUACUGACAAUCUACAACGGCAAGAACAAGUCUCAGUCACAGCACAGCAUGUAUGUGUGCCGCCAUGGCGACGAUGACACCACACUCGAACCCACCGGGUGUACGGGUAUGUCCAUGGGUGACGAGAUCUCUGGCCGGAGAAGCUUUCUGUUCUUCUUGCUUCUCUUGUUCUUCAGGCUGAUGGAGGAAGUGGAGGUGAUGGCGGUCGAGGGGGAGGAGGUGAAGUCCACGUCGGUCCUGCCGCUCACCAGACUCAUCAUCUUCUUGGCUAAUUUAAAGAUCAACAAAAUAAAA